AUGAAGCUUAUUGAUGACAAUUUACUGGAGUGUAUUCCAGAAAUUCCAUCAAGAUUGAUUGAGCCAAUACUAUUUAUACGAAAGGUUGAGUCUGUGAAGUCUGAUGGUUCCGUUGGUCAUCGUAUCUUUUUAGCCACAAAUUAUGGUAUAUAUUUAUAUAAAUCCAAGUUCUAUAAGAAAAAAGUCGAUUUUGACAAGCUAAUUCCAUGGGGAGAUUUAAAGGAAGUAAGUCAAAAAGAUAAUAACGACAUAUUUUUCAAAUUUCCAUCCGGCACGUUUCGUUGGAGAGAUCCUCAGCAAGAUACACUUCUUGAAGUUAUUUUGCAAACAUUAGUAAAUAUUUUUGCCCCUCAAGAAUUGCCAAAAAUUAGUGUUAAACAAGACAUACCAUCACCUGAUACAGAUGACAAAGUAAUACCUCAAGUCAAACGUCUUUUGUAUAAAUGCAGAGAAAAUAAUGUUGAACCAACAAAGAAAUUCCUCAAUGAUUACUUAGUGGCGACAAAGAAAUUCAUUAAGCAUAAUGAUCCAGUAUACGAUCUCGGACAAAUUCCAAAUUAUGAAGACUUCAGCGAUGUUAUUUUUGAAACUUUUGAAAUUAUUCCAAAACUCGAAAACCUUAGCGUUCCGAAGACUAAAUAUGAAGAUACUUGGAAUGAUCUCGCUACUUUGCUCCGUAAGAAUAUAAUUAUCAAGAGUUUAAUUUUCCAUGACCACAAAUUAGACGGUAUAAAGAAAAUUACACAAGCUUUAUCGCAGAACUCACUUUCAAAAGUUGUUUCUAUUUCAUUCCACGAUGCAACAAUUUCAGAAAGAUCGUUAAAAAUUAUUACGGAUCUUUUAACCCAAGUCGGCAUCAGAGGAAUGGGAUUUGUUAACUGCGAAGAAAAGAACGUUUCACUCUCUCAAGUUUUAGAGUCAGAAAGCGUUUUUAACUCUUUGAUAAAAUUACAGAUCUCCAAAAUCAAAAAUUUAUCACCAGGAAAGGCCAUUUUCAGACUUCCAAACUUGAUGCAACUUGAUUUCUCCAACAAUGACGUUGAUAUUUCUCCAACAUUAGAAGCAUUGUGUUCCAUGAAGUCCACGAAGAUGAGACACAUCGUUUGCAAUGGAAAUUUCUGCGAAAAACCUCUAUCUUCCAAAUGCAAAUUCCCUAAACGCUUCCAAAUGUUAAUCGCAAAUAAUAUUACUUGGUCUGAUCGAACAAUGGAAUCGAUUACUCAUGCCAUUUCCCAGGCAAAUGUCUCCUCAGAUGCUACGAUUUCAGUUGACUUUUCUCAAGCAAAAAUUCAAGAUGAGUAUUUGAAGCAUUUCUUCAAACACGUCAAGAAACAGUCGAUCGGACAUCUCAAAACCUUCAAAUGGUCAUGUAAUCCACUCCAUAGGUACCUAUUUAACUUCCUUUCUCGAUCACCAAAAUUAGAUCAUCUUAUUAUCGGCGGUUGCUUCGAGCCGAACGACCAAACAGUUGACGAUUUCCUUGAUUUCAUUGACGAGAACAACACGAUCACGAAAUUGACCUUCCAAGGCGUAGAAGAUAAAGUUAUUGACAUCGAUACUUUGGAAUUCAUUUUCCAAAACGUUGUAACUAAGAAGAUCAAGUAUUUCGAUAUCAGAGACAACAACUUGAAGGAUGACGCGUACAUUGUUCUCACAGAUUUCUUGAAAAAGAACACAGAUUGUGAAGGAAUUCUAUUGGAUGGAAACAAACCGCACAAGUAUCAGAAUUUUGAGGACUUCAUUGAAUUUUUAUUGAAUAGGAAGCUCUCAAUUUGGGUCGAAUUCCCAAGGAAUGACAUGAUUGCCAUCAGCAAGAAAACCAAGAAGAAGGCAAAGCCAUUAACUAUUCCUAUGAUGAGACAAAUGCAACAGAAACUUAAAGUUAUUAUGAAUUUCAAGAUUUCCAAACCUGUUGUUGUCAAGAAAGCCAGACCAAAGCAAGAAACAACAUCAUAUGUCAUUACAGAUGACGUUUCUGAUGAAGAAUCUGAUAUUUUGGCCGGUUAUUACUCGGAUGAUGAUGAUAUGAUGUCGGAUCAGAUCAAUUUAGAUGAAGAAGAUGUUAGUCCACAGCCUGAACCCCAACAAAUUAUUGUUCCUGCUCUUCAACCUUCGGAAUUUAAUUUCGAUUGUGAUGAUUUCACUUCAUUGACAUUCUCUUAUUCGUCAUUGUCAGCUGUUAAGUGGGAGAAUACUGAGGAACUGUUCUUGAAUGAUUCUCAGUACUUUAAUAACUAUCAUACUCAUGUCAUGAGUUAUGACAAGGAUUCGAAGAUUCAAAGUUCAUUUAACAAUGAUUUUAAUCUCGAUUCUCUCGCGAAGAAGUUAGUUACUAUAUAA